AUGGCAAACGUCAAAGUUUUAUAUGGUUCAAUAAUUCGCCGAUUCACAAUUCCAAAUGACACUACUUGGUCGUCCUUUGAAUCCCAGAUUCGCUCACUCUUCCAGAUUCCUCCGCAAACCCCUAUCUUUCUUUCUUAUACCGAUGAAGAUGGUGAUAUAAUCACCCUAUCGAGCGAUUUGGAGCUUCAAGAAAUACUUUCUGACCAAAGUUUGUUCGGUUCUUCUGUAAAAUUCGUUUUGUCCACUCCUGACGAACUUGUCCCUAACGAAAAAAAUAGUUGGGUAUUAGAAGGAAGUACUUCGCAAAUAAAGGAAGAUGGAUUGCCUAAAUUUACAAAUGAUAGUGAUGUGAUUAGUUUCAGUUCUUCCGAUGAGGACGAUUGCUCAGAAGCCUCACCAAUAAAUAUGCACGAAUCACGAAAACAAAGUUUGAACGAAUCUCAACAACCAUUUAUGUUCCAAAAAAAUCAGGAUUAUAGACAUGCGACAGCCGUUGAUAAAGAAACUGAAGAACCAACUUUUAAACCAACUAUAAUUGGUCAACAACCUGAAACUAUCGGCGAGUCGUCUUCUUCACCUAUCGUCGACGAAGAAUUACCUAAAAAAGAAGAAAAACAACCUGAAUCAGAUCAACCAAUUGAUAAUAAUAAUAAUAAAGAAAUUGAAUCAGAUCAACCAAUUGAUAACGAUCAACCUAUUAAUAAUGAUGAAAACGAAUCAGAUCAACCUAUUAAUAAUAAUGAUGAAAACGAAUCAGAUCAACCAAUUGAUAAUAACGAUGAAGAAAGCAUAUUUAGGAUUCACUACGGCUUUCCUCCAAUUAAUGAUAACGGUGAAGCAAACAUAUUUAGGAUUUAUUACGGCUGUCAUGAUUGUGAUGCACGAUUCAAUGAUAAUUCUUUUUGUAAUGAUUAUAAUUCAUAUGAUCAUCGUUCAUUCGGUACACGUAGGCAUUGCUCAGCAGCAGUAGCAUUUUACAAAUUCACGGAAUUUAUAUUCAAAUUUAUAGAUUUUGUAUUCUCAUUAGCAACCUCAUUUUGCAAAUUCAUAAAUUUUUUGUUAUUAAUAUUCCUAGUAAUGAUAACUUCUACAUACUUUUUUACAACUUAUCCAUUAGUAAAAUUUUUGAUUAUAGUGUUUGCAUUUAAAUAUUUCUUUUUUCGCAACAAUAACAGUGGAAGAUUUCGUCAUGGAUGUCGAUCUGGUAGAUGUCAUGAAAGACGAUCAGACAUGAGAAAUCAAUGUUGUCAACGAAGGGAAUGUGACAAAAAUACCAAUGAUGUUGUUGCUGAAAAGGUAAAAUUUUUAAGAGAUAUGGGAUUUGAAGGUGAAAAUUUAGAAGAGUUGAUAAAAUUGUAUAAUGGAAAUAUGGAAUUUGCUGUUGAAACAUUAUUACAACGGCAACAAUUAUAUUCAUAA